AUGGAUGGAGAAGAAGUGCAACUCAUGGAGAUGGCAGAUCGUGUAUGGAGUAGAGCCGAUGAGGAUAUGAUGAGUGUGCUGCGGCAAUAUGUGUUUGAGCACAGGUUUGAUAUGAGACAUGUGAUGAAGUUUUACGACGUAUUUACUAGAGGUCGAAGAUGCAAGGGGGGUGUAUAUGAGGUAUUUGAAAGCUAUUUUGUACAGGAAAGGAUGUAUGAUGAGGUGCUUGAGUUGUACAAAAGAUGGAUGAGUGCAAUGAAGAUGGAGUAUGAAUUUGAAGAGAAUAUGCGCUUUUUCAGGUGUUUUGAGAGGAUGUAUGAUGAGGGAGAUUCUAUAAUGCGUGAGAAGAUGAAUGAGAGUGCUGCAGUGAUUUUACUUGAUCUUUGUAGACUGCUGUGCAGUAAUGCAGCAGAGUAUGAAUGUUAUGUAGUGAGUAAGAGGAUAAAUGAGAUAUUUGUGCAGAUGGGGAUGACGGUAUGGGAGAUGACGGAAUAUUUUAAUGUUCUUAGUGAGAUUUUUAUUGAGUCUAAUAUGCUUUUUUCGUAUUUGAAUGUGGUAGGCAUGCUUGUAUCUCAGGAUGCAAAUGCAAUGAGCAUGCAGAGCAGUCUUGAUGACUUUAAAGUGAUAUGCAGAUAUGCAGAGAUGAAGAAUGAGGGAGAAAGGCACAAGAAGCACCUGGGAAAGAUGAAAUGUGUUGAUGUACUUGAGGUGCUUGAGAAUGUUGAGAAACGAUGUGCAGGGAUUAAGUGUGGAAAUGACACGCUUGUGAGGAGAAGAUUUAAGUUUGGAAUGUGGAGCAGAUAUGAAAGGUGUGUGCAGGAAGCAGUACUUAUUGAUGAGAACAUGGAUCUUAUUGCGUUUAUGAAGAAGAAUGAUUUUAGCUUUGAGAUAAAUGAUGGGAAAGUUAAGGCAGGCGGGUAUGAGUAUAAGAGUGUUGAGAGGAAGGUUCUUGAGAUCUGUGAAGAGUACCGUGAGAAGGUUGAGAUUACGAAGCUUACUAAAGGAGAGAAGAGAGCACCAAGACGAGUAGAACUUGAGAAUAUGCAUGGAAGUCAAAGCACGAAUGAUCAAAAGAGGGAAGUAAAGUUUAGAGACCGAUUUUCAGGGCUGUAUAAGAAGAUGAAGAUAUGUUUGAGAUACUAUGUGGACAAGUCAGAGGGGAUAGAUGAUGUAUGGUAUGAAGAGAGAAACAUGGCGAUGCGACGAAUAUUUGAAGAGAAUGAGGAUGAGCAGCGACGAACCAGGAAGCAGCUAAAGAAGCAUCUGGAGUGUAUAGAAAGACUGAGUGCGAUGCUUUCGAGUAGGAUUGAGGAAGAUAAGCGAAGUGAGGAGGCACAGAAUAGAAGGAAUCAAGAGGUGAAUGCAGGGGUGAAAGCACGAGCCAGCAGUUGGAGAAGUGAACCUGAUGAGAAGCCCAGGGCAUAUGUGCCACCGAGUGUUGACUCGUACAGCAUGAAUAAGAAGCAGGAAAACAACGAGGGAAAAUCAAUAAGUGAGUUAAGGCAGUCAAGAAUGCAAAGAGAUCCAGAAGCAGUGAAUCGGAGUGAGAAUCUGUUUGGAAGGAGUAGAAGUGCACGUGGAGGAGACUGGAUGACUGAGCCUCAAAAGAAUGAGAAUGCAAAUGGUAGAAACGAUACUAACUAA